AAGUUGGUGAAAAGAAGGAAAUUGUUGAUGACAACGUUAGGAAAUUUGCACUUCAUAAACUUGACGAUAUGGAUGAAAGAUUUGAAUCAAUCGGUUUGGUUUUAACUAAACUCGGCCUGCAAGAAGUCAAACUCAACAAUUCUAAUUUUCAUUACGAUUGGGACUUCGUUUGGGGUUAUUUUGGAUGCAGUUCAAUGAACAUGAGUUUUAGUAAAUUGAAACAUCAUCAGAAAAUCAACCAUUUUCCAGGAAUUGCAGCUUUGACAUUCAAGAGUCGUUUAGCAUCUGAAACUGACUCAGUUUAUGUUCCAAAAGGCUUCACAAACCUUCAAUCUUUGAAAGAAUAUGCAAAGACACAUCCCAACACGCGUUACGUUGAAAAAUUGAAAUCAAAUCGUGGCGUGUCGUUGAAGAAAGUUGAAGACAUCAAUUUCAGUCGAACUGGUGACUUAAAAAAUGAAUAUUUCGCUCAAGUUUUCUUGGAUAAUCCUUAUCUAGUUGACGGACAUAAAUUCGAUUUGAAUGUUUAUGUGGCAAUCACUUCAGUCAAUCCAUUGCGAGUUUAUUAUUACUCAAAGAAUUAUCAUUUGAGAUUCUGUCGAAAACCAUACAAUCCGAAUGACUUCACCGAUCACUACACUUACGUGGUUGGUGAUGGUCACAUACCUGGCUUGGCAUUCCCUGCAAUGGAAAAAUAUGUCAAUCGAUCAUAUUUACUUAAAGAUGCACUUCACACUUACUUCAUUGAACACGAUGUUGAUCCUAACGUUAUCGUUGCACAGAUUGAAGACGCCAUUAGCACCAUUAUUAUGGAGAAAGAACCGGAAAUAAUUAAAACAAUUGCAGCGAAAAAUCCAACAAAUGGCAAACAUCAUUUCUGUGAAUUUUUGAGAUUUGACUUUGUUCUUGAUGACAACAUAAAAUUGAAGUUAAUGGAAAUCAACAUGAGUCCGAAUUUGAGAGCUUAUCCAGCUAUUCGACCUGUUAAACAUGUCUUUGAAAAUGUUUUGUACAACUUCUUCAAUCUUGUGGGUGUGGGAAGUUAUUUGAAGAAUAAAGGCAUCCGAGAUUACGAUCAACUUGAAGAAGAAUUCCCUUGCCACGACAACAGUCUUUCGGUGAUGCCAGAAGUGUGCAUGAAAAGUCCAUGCCAUGAUGAAUGUGAUCCAGAGAAGUGCAAGCUGUGUUGGCAUUGCAUGUCGAAAGAGUUUCAAUACGAUAUGAAAAUGGCGUACAUGGAACAUAUGAACAUGGGCGACUAUAAGCGUGUCGUUCCACCACCAAAUGAUUUUCUAGUGAAAGCUGAUGGACGUUACUGGAAUAAACUUUCAGACACCAACAAAUUGUACACCAAAUGGGUGAUGGAAAUGUGCAAGAGAAAUCGACAUUUCUGUU